AUGGCAUUCAUUAAAAGGAUAGUUUUGGGUGUUACUUCUAUAGGUGCAGUAGGUGUAUCUUAUGUGGUUUGGGACAUAAAAAGACAUCAAGUAUACCCGGACCAAAGUUUCAAAGAAGCAGCUCGACACUACACUGCUGUCCGAAGUUUAACUGUCAUUGGGACUGUCAUGAAAUACAGACUUGUCAGGGCUACCAAGAAUGUGGAGAAGGUUCAGACAGACUUUCUUCUUCAGCAGAUUAAAGACAACAUGGAUACACAGUACAGUAAAGACAUGGGGCUAGUGAAUGUCAAAACACGGGAUGACUUUCUGCGAAUUCACAGACUUACACGUUACCCAGACUACUCUCGGUACAUCCACCAGAUGAUCAGUGGGGAAAAGAAGGUGCUGACAUCUGUGGAUCCUGUGAUAUUUGCUGUCACAUCAGGAACUUCUGGCAGCAGUAGUAUCAUUCCUAUGGUGGGAAAACAAACCAGGAUGUUUUUCUUUGAGGGCAUCUCUGUGCUGUACAAGUGUAUGGUCGAGUCCUUCCCAGGAACAGCAUUUCUGUACAAAGUCUUCAAGAUAUUUUAUAAUCCAAACUGGCGUUAUUCUGUUGAUGGAAUACCCGUAGGACCAAACUCAGCAUCUCCAGACAGAUCUAAAGAAUUUCUUCAUGUUUACACGACACCUCCUGCAGCUUAUGAAGUCCGGACUGAACCAGAAGCACUCUAUAUUUAUUUACUGUUUGCUUUAUUGGAUCCUCAUGUUGGCAUGAUUGAAGCCAACUUUUCAUCCAUUGUAUUUAAUGCUCUCUGCACCUUGGAGCAAAAGCUGCCACAGCUAAUCAAGGACAUUGAGAAGGGUCACAUAGAUCCUGACUUAAACAUUGACCCAUCUGUUAGACAGGAGUUGAACAAGCUGCUGUUACCUAAUCCACAACGAGCCCAGGAAAUUAGAGAGGCUGCCAGGAUGGGCAAAGAAGGCCUAGCUCUCAGAAUCUGGCCACAGCUUCAUUUAGCUGUUGGGGCCGAUACUGGUACAUUUGAUUUAUACGCCCAGAAGCUGAGAAGUGGUUAUUUGAAAGGUGUCCCGUUGUACUCGCCAAUCUAUGCAGCAUCAGAAGGCUUGCUGGGGAUCAACAUUUGGCCUGACCAGCUCCCCACUCGCUACUUGCUUCAUCCACGAACACAGUUCUUCGAGUUUAUCCCUGAUGAUGUAAUGGACCAGGAACAGCCUGCAACUCUUUUAAUGCACCAGGUCCAGAAGGGAAGCAUCUACGAGCUGGUGAUCACAAAUCCCAGUUGUCUGUACAGGUACAGAUUUGGAGAUGUGGUCAAGGUGGUGGGACAUUACAAUCAGUGUCCAGUUGUGGAGUUCAUGUACAGGAAGGGUCAGAUUCUGAAUGUGCGGGGAGAGAAGAUAUCAGAAGCGGUCUUCUACAGUGCGCUCAGGGACACUGUGUCUGACAUAGAUCUCAAGUUUGUGGAUUACUGUUGUAUGGAAAGUGUACUUCUUGAUGGCAUGGAUGUAUCUAAAGAUCUGAAGUCACCUCAGCCAUGUUACCAUGUGUUUGUGGAGUUUGAGGAUGAGGACAGCAAGCUUGUUCAAUCCCUUGGCACUAAAUUGAAACAACAGCUUGAUUACCGUUUAAAGGAGAAAUCCUAUCCGUAUGCCACAUUCCGAGCCAAGGGAAGCAUUGACCCUAUUCAAGUCCACAUUGUAAGAAAAGGAUCGUUCGGCUUAUUACGACUCUUUAUGCUAGACCAGUCAAAGGUGGCUUCAAACCAGUAUAAAGUUCCCAGGGUGCUGAGAAAAGAAGAGGCUGUGAGAUUCCUGCUUGAUAAAGUGGUUGUGUGA